UCGUGCUCGCUGUCGGUGUCAUAUAUUUUACAGCGGAUGUGAGUGUAGUGUCGUCUGCAUCCAUCGAUAACUUUUACUUCUUGCCAAUAUUUUAAUAGGUUUCCAGCCAGUCGUUUUAUGAGUCAAAAGCAACCCAAACCUACUCUCAGUGGCCAGCGGAUCAGAACCCGCAAAAGAGACGAAAAAGAAAAGCAAGACCCUCUUGCCUUUCGAGAUGCUAUAAUACAGGGAUUGCAGGAAAUCGCUAACAAUGAUUUAGACCAAGUGUUGAAGUUUUUGGUUUCGUCUGGGAGUAAGCUGAAUUAUCGGCUUUAUGGAGAGUAUCUCUUUGAUAUACUAUUUGCUGGAGGUGUUUUAGCCCCUGGUGGUAGUAUACUUGAAGAAGGUGAAAAAUCCACUUGGAAAACAUCUGUGUGUGUUUUUGAAGCCAAUGAUGAAGAUCUCAAGAAUUAUGUGCAGGUGAUCAACCAAGUUAUUGCAAGAUACAGAUACCUGCAGAAAGCUUUUGAAGAUGAGAUCAAAAAGAUCUUACUGUUCCUCAAGGGUUUCACUGAUGAUCAAAGAAACAAGCUUGCCAUUGUCACGGGCAUCAUUCUGGCAAAUGGCAUGGGUCCACCCAUGGCAUUGACUAGCCUCUUUAAUGAGAACCUUGUCAAAGAAGGCCUUGCUUUGCAAUUUCUGACCAAAGUCUUCCAGUCUUGGGUCAAGGAAAAGGAUUUUGCCAGUCUGAGCUCUUCUUUGAGGAAAGCAGAGUUAGAGAACAAACUAUUGGAAUUCUUUCCUCCCAACAAACAAACUCAGGAAAUGUUUGAGAAACAUUUCAAUGCUCAUGGAUUGGAAAAACUUGUGGCAUUUCAGAAAGCCCAACAGGCCAUGGGCACUCGAAGAGCUUUCCAACAACAGUUGAAGGAGAUGCUGGACAAUGAAACGCCUGUCAAAGAUAUGAUAUCCACUUGCAAGGAGGAAAUGAAAAAAUCUGAACUUCCUGAAGAUGAUGUGGUGUAUUUGGUGUGGAAAGGCUUAAUGCGAGCUGUGGAGUGGAACAAGAAAGAGGAGCUUGUGGCUGAUCAAGCUCUUCGUCAUCUCAAGGUUUACGCUCCCCUAUUGGCAGCAUUUACCUCUCAAGCAAAAUCUGAAAUCAACCUUUUGGUCAAAGUUCAGGAAUACUGUUAUGACAACAUGAACUUCACAAAAGUGUUUCAGAAGAUGGUCAUGCUGUUGUACAAAACUGAUGUUCUGAGUGAAGACACGAUCAUUAAGUGGUACAAAGGAGGCCAUUCCUCGAAAGGAAAA